CCAUCCAUCAAUAUUUAUGAAUCCUCUCUCUCGAGAAAAAAAAAACUCGGCAACAGCACUGCACCGUGACACAUUUUCCACUCGUGUACUACCUGCACCUGCUCCACAGGCGCUUAUCGGCACAUAUAUAGGCGAAUCGAAUACAUUCAUCGCGUCAUCGGUAGCGACACAAGUGAGUGAGAAAGAGAGAAGACACCGGAGACUCGCGUAAAUAGUAUACACAGAUCGAGUCGAGCGAGCGCGAGUAUGCGUUGUGUAUAUAUAGCGACGGAAAACAGCGCAGAGUGUCAGACGCGACGAGCUGAUGCUCUCCCCUUCAAUAAAAGGCUCCGACACACGCGCCGAGCGUUGUUCUACGGAUAAAUCAUCCCGACGGCUAGUUUAGCCGAUCAGUCUGACAGUGACCGCUGGCAGAUUGGAAUCGACGACGACGACGUUCGGUAUCUGCUCUCUAUACCGUCCUGUGCGCGUAUAGACCUUCGGAAAGCAGUUGAUGGAACGGAGCCCUUUUGCUGCUAGCGUUUGAUAUCGGUCUUAUCGCAAUCCAGUUUUCUCACCGACGCAAUUCGAGCAACAUGCAGUACGCGAUGCUGCUGGUGGCGGCGAUGCUGGCCGCCUCGAGCGUGAGCCUGGUGGGCUCGUCCGUCCUGGUGGCCGACCUGGCGAUGACGCGGAUGGUCGAGCUGAACGCCGGUGCGCCGUUCUGCGCGCUCUACCACGACCGCGGCGUCAUCCAGCGCAUGGUCCUCGGCUCGGACCCCAAGAAGGUCCGCCAGAUCUCCAACAACCUCGUGGCCGAUCUCGAGGAGACCUGCAAGGCUUCGCGCAGCAAGGGAAAGAACCAAGCUCCGGGCGGCGGGAUCAUGUACCCGGGCACCAAGUGGUGCGGCCCCGGCAACAUCGCCAAGUCGUACGACGACCUGGGCCAGCACGCGGCCGAGGACGCCUGCUGCCGCGAGCACGACCACUGCCCGACGACGAUCGGGCCGCAGCAGUGCAUCCACGGCAUCUGCAACACCUCGCCGUUCACCCGCUCCCACUGCGACUGCGACGCGAAAUUCCGCAGGUGCCUGCAGACCAUCAACACCGAGGUCGCCAACACCCUCGGCGCUCUAUUCUUCAACGUCAUACAGGUCACCUGCUUCAAGGAGAGACGACCUUGCUCGCAGUGGCAGAGCUGCAAGCAAUCCUCUUACGAGUGGCGACGCUCCCAGAAGUACAUUCUGCCGAACGAGUGGAGCCCGAGGGCCGCGGCUCAGAACAAGCUCCAGACGCUCAACACGAUUUUCCAGUCCUUCAACGCCUGGCUGCAGCAGCUGAUCUCGCACAACCAGCAGCAGCAGCAGCGGCACUGAUAUUCCACCAAAUUUCGCGCGUAAAUUAAACGGCUACGCAGAAGCCGAAUGGGCUCGACUCUGCUCCCAGUACAAGUUCCAGCCGAGCGACAAGUACGUGCCAUUGAUGCCGCUGAAUUUGUAAGGGACGACUGUAAAGGACGACUUUUAUCAUACUUGUAGCAGCGGCUGAUGUUAGAUUCUCUUGUAUUUUUUUUUUUUUUUUUUUUGUAUCAGACUAGUAUAUAUUAUGUAUUACGUAGCUUAUAAUGUAAUGACGACGAUAAUCAGCGCAACGAGAGAUUUAUUUUGUUUCUCUUAUAGUUUUUGUAUAACUUGUACGAGUAGUUGUAUAGGACGAUAGUUUAAUACCUCGCACACAGUGGCCUUCCUAAUUUAGAAUAAUGUACAACGUUGACCAUUUUUCUAUGCAUAUAUGUUUCUUAGGCUCGCAGAUAAUAUUAUAGCGUUUCGAGUUUUCUUUCGAGCUUGAAAAGAGCGCUGAAUAACUUUAAUGCGCUGAACGUAAAUUUAGCGAUUGACUUGAAUGCAUGCGGUUUUGACUAUCCGCCGACGAUGGGACUGAAUACUUUUAAGAGACAAUGUUUUGAAAUUGUUCGGGAUUUUUUAUUUCUUAACGAUAUAAGACGCGAUUAUUUUUAUUUUACGUUAAAUGUGACGAUAAGGUGAUUGUUUAAAAAGAUAUCAGUAUACUGUAAACGAUGGUAUGCGCUUUUAUUCAUCUGCAUUGUUCGAGUCAAUAUUAUGUUUUACGUUAAGCGAAACUACGCAUUGAUGAUGGUAACGAGAGCUUCCGCGUGUAAUAGCUGUAAUAGAGCAUUAGGUGAUAGAAUAACGAUUACUUUUUUCAUUGUGUCUAUCAAAUACUCUUAAAAACAGCUGUAUCUCCGAUUUUAUACUGUUUAAUUAUUGAAUAGUUCUUAUGCCUAUUGUGAUAGUAGUAAAGAAAACUCUUCAAGUUUUACACUUUUUACGACGACGGUAUGAUUAUAGUAUUGUUGCAUGCAGCAGAACGUUUAGAAAUUGCUAUAUGUACGCGACUUUGAGCAAAAAAAUCUAUCGCUUCUUGAACGAUCAGUGCAUUCUUAUAUUGACGUGGUAUCUAGUCUUUGUUUUUAAUCUUAUUAUUUCCAAGUUUUCAAACAAUCAUCAUAGUUUUUUUAAACUCGCGAACUAUACACAGAAUAACUGAAGCUUCAAACCCAAAUCUAUCAUUAAUAAUAACUUAAAAUAAUAAAUUGAUGUAAAUCCUUAUUGUAUUGUACACUCAAUUAUUCCUAUUUGAAUUUCUAUGAAGAAUGUUUUAAUCUGUAAUCAAGUUGCAAGUCAAUAAAGAUUUUUCCACGCGUA